CAAAACCCCUGGUACUAGCAGAACGCUCCGCUUCCACAAGCGAAACCAAGGUUUGGAUGAAGAUGUCAGUACCUACAUUGCAGCUUUACGAAAGCCUAGACAGCAUUGUGAAUUUGGGACAUUCCUGGAUGACGCGUUACGCGACCAUUUCGUCUGUGGUUCACGCUCCACGCAUAUGCAAAAGCGCUUGCUUUCACAGGCGAAGUUGACGUUCGAAACAGCACUGGAGACGGCGUUAUCCAUGGAAGCUGCCGCGAAAGAUACUCUUCAAAUGACCACGCCUACUCUACUACCUCUAGACGCCAGCAACAGAAGAGGUACAUCAAAUGGCGGACAAGCAGUCGACUAGGAAACAAGGUACAAAGUUUUGCUACCACUGUGGCAGUCCGAGUCAUCUAGCACCUGCGUGUCGUCAUCUGGAAACCGUGUGCAAGUCUUAUGGAAAGAAAGGGCAUCUAGCUGCAGUAUGUCAGUCAAAACCUCAUAAGUCAACUCCUGCUACGCAGACAAAGUACGUGGAAGACGGCUCAGAUUCUGAUGCAGAGGCACCUGUCUUUACUCUUUCCAGUCCUCGCACCCCUCCAAUCAGGGUAUGUGUGAACUUGGCGGGUCAGGAGGUUAUGAUGGAAGUUGACGCAGGAGCUGCUGUGUCACUGAUAUCAGUAGAGCAAUGGUUUGGUCUGCAGCUCCCUCAUCAGAUGGAACCAUCAAAGACUGCUUGUUACGUACCUAUACAGGAGAAGAGAUCAUGUAGAAGUCACGCACAUGAAGCAGAGGGAAAUACUACCACUUGUCAUAGUUGAAGGUAUGGGACCAGCUUUACUUGG